CACCCUCGUCCUCCUCCCGUCGUUCCGUUCACUCACCCCGACUUCUCAUCUCUUUGCAGGCUAGGGCUAGCCCCUUCUCCCUCAUGUCGGCCACACAAGGUGCACUCAAAAAGAUCAGGAUUACAGUCGUCGCCGCCGAUGGCUUGUCAAAGCGCGAGGUAUUUCGUCUUCCAGACCCCUUCGCGGUCAUCACGGUAGAUGCGGAGCAGACCCACACGAGCACUGUGAUGAAGAAGACCUUGAACCCGUAUUGGAACGAGAGCUUCGACAUCAACGUCAAGGACUCGUCAGUCAUCGCCGUACAGAUAUUCGAUCAGCGCAAGUUCAAGAAGCGUGACCAGGGUUUCCUCGGAGUCGUGAAUGUUCGUGUCAGUGAUGUGCUCGACCUGGAACUUGGUGGUCAUGAGAUGCUCACCCUCGACCUGAAAAAGUCCAAUGACAACCUCGUCGUGCAUGGCAAACUCAUCAUCUAUCUUUCUACCAACAUCAGCCAGCCGAUUAGCAACCCUCCGAACCAAACGGAUAGUACUAGCCAGCAACUUUCCAACCUCAACCUUGACAGCUCGUCGACGUCUCUAGCUACGGGCGCAAGCAACGGAGCGCUUGCUGCCGGGGGUAGCUCUUUGUCCAGAACCCCCUCAGCGACGGCUUCGGCCACUACCAGCCCCGACGGCGCGCACAUCAACAUACCCGCACCAAGCGUAGCCACUCCUUCGUCGCCCGAGACUGAGCCGCAAGCGCAGGCACAGUCUGGAACAAACGCGCGCCCAGUGUCCACUGGCUCCGUCACUGCAGCUGCGGUGAUCACGCCACCGGCUGGAGCUCCUGCCAUCAAUGCCAGCGCGAACGCCCAUACUGCCUCGAACAACAACGCUCAGAUGCGCAACUUCAACCCACACGAGGAUCAAUUUGGACCCCUCCCGGGCGGCUGGGAGCGCCGCAUAGACCCCCUCGGCCGUACGUACUACGUCGAUCAUAACACCCGUACUACCACCUGGAAUCGCCCGUCCACGAACCCAACGACAAACACACAUGCACAGGAGGGCAGUACCAAUGCGGCCCGCGACCAACACAACCGUCGCAUCCUCGCCGACGACAUGCUGGAGGCGGGCGUUGCUCGCACGGGGUCGACGGCUGCUAACACUUCUGCGGCUGCGCUUGCUGCAAGCCAGAAUGUCACCACCAAUGGUGCUGGUCCCCUUCCUGCUGGCUGGGAGGAGCGAUAUACUCCCGAAGGCCGUCCAUACUACGUCGACCACAACACACGAACGACAACGUGGGUUGAUCCGCGCCGUCAGACGAUCAUUCGCGUCAUGGGCCCCAACGGGCAGGGUGCUGCGCUGCAACCCCAGACGAUCUCGCAACUUGGCCCCCUUCCUUCGGGAUGGGAGAUGCGUCUUACCUCAACCGCUCGUGUUUACUUCGUGGAUCACAACACGAAGACGACCACCUGGGACGACCCUCGUCUGCCAUCCACGCUUGAUGCCAAUGUGCCGCAGUACAAACGCGACUUCCGUAGGAAGCUCAUCUAUUUCCGCAGCCAGCCUGCUAUGCGCGCACAGCCUGGCAAUUGUCAGAUCAAAGUCCGUCGUAACCAUAUCUUUGAGGACAGCUAUGCCGAGAUUAUGAGGCAAACUCCGAACGACCUCAAGAAGAGGUUGAUGAUUAAGUUCGACGGCGAAGAUGGUUUGGAUUACGGUGGUCUCUCUCGUGAAUUCUUCUUCCUCUUGUCGCACGAGAUGUUCAACCCCUUCUACUGUCUCUUCGAGUACUCUGCUCACGACAACUACACCCUGCAAAUUAACCCGGCCUCAGGAGUCAACCCAGAGCAUCUGAACUACUUCAAGUUCAUUGGUCGUUGUCUCGGCUUGGGUAUCUUUCACCGUCGCUUCUUGGAUGCUUACUUCAUCACUGCCUUCUACAAGAUGAUCCUGCGGAAGAAGGUCACCUUGACGGACUUGGAGAGUGUGGAUGCCGAGUUGCACCGCGGUUUGACCUGGAUGUUCGAGAAUGACAUCACCGAUGUUAUCGACGAGACAUUCACCACUACAGAAGAGCGCUUCGGCGAAAUGGUUACCGUUGAGCUGAAGCCUGGAGGUGCUGACAUCGCCGUCACGGAGGAGAAUAAGAAGGAAUACGUCGACUGCGUUGUGGAGUACCGUAUCUCCCGCCGUGUUAAGGAUCAAUUCGAGGCCUUCAUGUCUGGCUUCAGCGAGCUCAUUCCGCAGGACCUCGUCAACGUGUUUGACGAGCGCGAGCUUGAGCUUCUGAUCGGCGGUAUGUCCGAGAUCGACGUCGACGAUUGGGCGAAGUUCACGGACUAUCGUGGCUACGAGGUCAACGACGAGGUUGUACAGUGGUUCUGGAAGUGCGUUCGCAGCUGGCCGCCGGAGCGCAAGUCCCGCUUGCUGCAAUUCGCCACGGGCACGUCGCGCAUUCCCGUCAACGGCUUCAAAGACCUGCAAGGUUCCGAUGGCCCGCGUCGGUUCACGAUCGAGAAAUCGGGCGACCCCAGCCAGCUGCCGAAGAGUCACACGUGCUUCAACCGCAUCGACCUUCCGCCAUACAAGGAUUAUGCUACAUUGGAACAGAAGCUGACCUUGGCUGUAGAAGAAACUGUCGGUUUCGGACAAGAGUAAAGCAGUUAGAAAACACGGAUCCGUUUGUCCCUCUCCUAUUUUCACUGUCCUCGAAGAUACGGUAUAAUGUACAAAUAUCGGUCGUCGAAAGCUCGCGCCCUAAUAACGAUUCCCUCCGGCAUCUGAUGACUCUUUCUCACUUCAUGUAUAUACUGCUUCCUCAUUGGUUUUCUUCUUCAUUCUUUUGCCAUGCUUUGGUGCUCUAGUGCACCGGUUGUAUCUUAGUGGCGAAUGUAUCACUGUUACCCUGC